CUCCCCCCGCCCGCCCGCCGCCUUCCUCCCUCUGCCUUCCUUCCCCACGGCCGGCUGCCUCCUCGCCCGACUGCCCGCAGCCCCGGAGCUGAGGCCGCCGCGGCGGUGGCGGCCGAGCCCUCAGUCAUGGCCUCGGGCGACACUCUCUACAUCGCCACGGACGGCUCGGAGAUGCCGGCCGAGAUCGUGGAGUUGCACGAGAUCGAGGUGGAGACCAUCCCGGUGGAGACCAUCGAGACCACGGUGGUGGGCGAGGAGGAGGAGGAGGACGACGACGACGAGGACGGCGGCGGCGGCGACCACGGCGGCGGGGGCGGCCACGGGCACGCGGGCGGCCACCACCACCACCACCACCACCACCACCACCCGCCCAUGAUAGCGCUGCAGCCGCUCGUCACCGACGACCCGACCCAGGUGCACCACCACCAGGAGGUGAUCCUGGUGCAGACGCGCGAGGAGGUGGUGGGCGGCGACGACUCGGACGGGCUGCGCGCCGAGGACGGCUUCGAGGACCAGAUCCUCAUCCCGGUGCCCGCGCCGGCCGGCGGCGACGACGACUACAUUGAGCAGACGCUGGUCACCGUGGCGGCGGCGGGCAAGAGCGGCGGCGGCGGCUCGUCGUCGUCGGGCGGCGGCCGCGUCAAGAAGGGCGGCGGCAAGAAGAGCGGCAAGAAGGGCUACCUCGGCGGCGGGGCCGGGGCGGCGGGCGGCGCGGACGCGGGCAACAAGAAGUGGGAGCAGAAGCAGGUGCAGAUCAAGACCCUGGAGGGCGAGUUCUCGGUCACCAUGUGGUCCUCAGGUGAGCGCCGGCGCGCGCCGGCCCCCGGGAUGUUUUUGUUUUGAAGGGAAGCCAUGUUUUAUGUGUGUGAUGGGCGCCGCCAUCUUCUUCGCGGGGCAAGUAUGGCGGCCCCAAAAGAUGGCGGGCCGCGGCGGGGGCGGCGGGCGGCGGCGCGGCGAAGAUGGCGGCGGAGGCGCGGCGCCGCCCGCUAGGCCGCAAUGGCGUAGUUUCCUCGGUCGGGGCGGGGCGGGGCGGGGCGUGCUCGGCCAACAGCCGGCCCGGGGCCCGUUGUCCGCGGCCCCCGAGCGGCCGGCCGCGAGGCUGUCUCCCCGCGAGGCCCGGGGGCGCGGGAGGGCGUUGGCGGGGCUGCGCGGCCUGGAUCUCGCGCCCGGGUCGGGCCGCUGCCUUUCCUCGGCCUUCCUCUGGGGGGCGUCGCUGCCCCGGCUCCGCCCCCGCCCCUUCCCCGAGCUUCAACUGCUCCCGGGAGGCGCCUUCCGAGGGGGGCGGGGGCGCCCGCCCGCCCCUCCUCUCGCCCGCCCCGCGCGCAGGCCGG